UGGCUGCUCUGCUCUGCCAUCAUGGAAUAAAUUUAGCAGUGCAGUGUGUAAUUUUGGGGUGUGUGCAGUAUGUGAGGGACUCUGCAGCACUGUAAAUCCACAUGCAUGUGAGUAAGACUGGAGGAGUGAGCAUGCAAGUUUUGUCUGAUUAGACAGGUAGUAGUUUUGAUAUUGCUAUCACACACACACACACACACACUGAAUGCUGCAGCUGUGUAAGGUUACAGACUCGCUGUUCAUCAGCAAUGCUCGCUCAGCCUGCACUGAUGAGCUCCUCCAGAAGGAGGCAGUGACCCUCUGCAUCAACGUGUCCAAGCAGCAGCCCUGUCCUUCAGCCCGGGUCAGCACUCUGCGCGUGCCCGCCUACGACGAUCCCAACGAGGACCUGCGCGCGCACUUCGACCGCUGUGCUGAUGUCAUACUCAGUGAAGCUGCGCGCGGCGGCCGCACCGUCGUCUACUGCAAAAAUGGCCGCAGCCGCUCGGCUACAAUAUGCAUCGCCUACCUCAUGAAACACCAAAGCUUGUCCUUAACCGAGGCGUAUGAGUUGGUGAAAAGUGCUCGAUCGGUGGUGGAGCCAAACCCUGGCUUUUGGGCUCAGCUGGAGCGAUACGAGCAGGACCUGAAGAGCACGAGGUCAGCAAGGAGCAGUUUGAACAUCUCUCCAUCUUAAAACAAAGUCGAGGCUACCCUUUAUCUUAUUUUAUGUAAAUUGAUGCAUAGUGUGCUGAAUGCUUUCCUAAAACCAUGUAUAAGUGCCAGAGCAAUUAUAUUUUUUUCCACCCCUAACUUCAUUAUGCAUGACAUUUUUUUUUUUUUUUUUAUUCUCAGGUUUUCAAAAAGUUUAAUGAAGGUUAGCUGCUAUGCAAAUCAAUAAAAAGAUUAUUGAUUGUGUGUCUUAUUGAAACGGACCCAUAAAUGGCGUGGACUUUUAAAUUUGAGUAGAUUCAUUUGAGCGUCGUAUGCUUUCCAGAGCACAACCCAAACACAAAGGCCUGCGGUUCAGCCAGCUUUCUCUACAGCGACUAUUUCACCGAAGACACGCAUCACAAAAUAAGUCUAAUAUCUCUUAAAUGAUGUCUUCACAUAUACCUUAUUAAUCAUAUCAUACUACAAAUUUGAAUAAUAAUAAAAAAAAAUCGAACGCAUCUAGUUUUCACCUGUAGCCCAAAUGUAUGUGUGUAUAUACAUAUAUAUACACGAAGUGACGAACCCUACGCCGACCCCAG